UAUUUUAUAACCAAACGAAACGAUGAAUUCAUCCAAUGAAAGUGUCCCAGAUUAUUUAAACAAAAAUAUAUUCCCAGCUUUAUUAAAUGCAAUGGAGGAGAUGUUACGCGAAGCUGAUCGCCGAAAUGCCCUCGAAACACAAAAAUGCUCUUUCAAUGGAUUGGAUUAUCUUGCAGAGAUUCUUUGGAAUCGAAACUCGUAUCAUCCGAAUAGAUCACGUACUUGGCUGAAUGUUUUUAAUAUACCGGAAUUUAAAUUGUGGCUAAGAUCACAUCCUCGAUCAAUUUAUCCACAAUCAUGGCUGUGGAGCAAAGAAGAGGCUGUCUUACGCAUACAAAGAUACGUUCGAGGUUGGCUUGUGAGAAAAAGAGCGGAUGUCCAGGAGAUGCGUCAGUUUUGGAAGGUAUUCAUACAAUUAAACAAGAAAAUUAUAAUACAUACUAGCUGUUGUGUAAAUUAUAGGUCAUUCAUGCGGAGAAAAUGAAUAAUUCUACUUCUG